AUGACUCGGGCGUCCAAAAGAAAAUCUGAUGUUCAAAAUUCUGCACCUGCCAAAAGCGCCCGCGCGGAUUCUAUUCGUUCUGCAUCAAGUAAAGUUUCGGCGAAGGGGUAUCAACGUAUAGAUGAAAUUUUCAACAAAUAUGCCGAUAAAACGUCAGGAAUGAUUGAGCCAGAAGGGAUCGAGGCACUAUGUUCGGAUCUAGAGGUGGAUUACACUGAUAUCAAGAUUUUGAUUCUUGCUUGGAAGAUGAACGCCCAAAAGCAGGGAUAUUUUACUCAGGAUGAGUGGAGGAGAGGCUUGAAAGCUCUUCGAGUCGAUAAUAUUAAUAAACUGAAGAAAUCACUGCCAGAAUUGAAGAAAGAAGCCUUGAAGUCAGUAAACUUUGAAGAUUUCUAUUUGUUUGCCUUUCGCUACUGUUUAACAGAGGAAAAACAGAAAUGUUUAGAUAUUGAGAGCACCUGCAUAUUGAUUGAUCUGGUAUUAGGGUUUCAAUAUCCAGUACAAGUUGAUUCAUUCAUCCAAUUUCUUAAGAUCCAGAGUGACUACAAGGUGAUGAACAUGGAUCAGUGGAAGAAUUUUCUACGGUUUUGUGAAGAGAUAAGCUUUCCGGACCUUCGAAAUUAUGAUACAUGCGAAGCUUGGCCUUUACUUCUCGAUAAUUUUGUCGAAUGGUUUAAAAAGGAAGCAGUGUAA